AAUCAGGAAGGACCAUCGCCUCGAAGCUUCCGGAAGUGGAGAAAGAGGUGUCUCGCGAGGGGCGGCCGCUGCGCAUGCGCGGAGGGCGGAGCGGGGAGCGUUCGAGGUCGAGGCCAUGGGGACGGUUCACGCGCGGAGUUUGGAGCCUCUUCCCACGAGUAGUCCUGAUUUUGGUGCUAUAGGUGAAGAAGCAGAACUUGUGGAGGUUGAACCAGAAACUAAGCAAGAAAUUCUUGAAAAUAAAGAUGUUAUCGUUCAACAUGUCCACUUUGAUGGACUUGGAAGAACUAAAGAUGAUAUUAUCAUGUAUGAAAUUGGUGAAGUUUUCAAAGCUAAAAAUCUGAUUGAUGUGAUGAGGAAAUCGCAUGAAGCUCGUGAAAAGCUCCUUCGGCUAGGAAUAUUCAGACAAGUUGAUGUACUAAUUGAUACAUGUCAAGGUAAUGACGCUCUUCCAAAUGGAUUAGAUGUAACCUUUGAAGUAACAGAACUGAGAAGAUUAACUGGAAGUUACAACACCAUGGUUGGCAAUAACGAAGGAAGCAUGGUCCUUGGACUUAAACUGCCUAAUAUUUUGGGGCGUGCUGAGAAGGUGACAUUCCAGUUUUCCUAUGGCACCAAAGAAACUUCGUACGGUCUCUCUCUCUUCAAGCCGCAGCCUGGUCACUUUGAAAGAAACAUUUCUUUCAAUGUGUACAAAGUAACUGGACAAUUUCCUUGGAGUUCCCUUCGUGAAACUGACAGAGGGAUAUCAACCGAAGUCAAUUUUCCUAUCUGGAAGACCAACCACACACUAAAAUGGGAAACUGUCUGGAGAGAACUCGGCUGCCUUUCAAGAACGGCCUCAUUUUCUGUUCGAGAAGAAAGUGGACACUCACUCAAGUCUUCCGUAUCUCAUGCCAUGGUAAUUGAUUCUCGAAACACUUCAAUCUUGCCUAAACGAGGAGCUUUGCUGAAGAUAAAUCAGGAGCUUGCUGGAUAUACUGGUGGUGAUGUGAGCUUUCUGAAGGAGGAUUUUGAACUUCAGUUAAACAAGCGCCUCAUAUGGGAUUCAGUUUUCUCAGCUUCUCUUUGGGGUGGAAUGUUGCUUCCCAUCGGAGACAAACCAUCUAGUAUUGCAGACAGAUUUUAUCUUGGUGGCCCGACAAGUGUACGUGGAUUCAGUAUGUACAGUAUUGGACCUCAAAGCGAAGGUGAUUACCUUGGAGGAGAAGCUUACUGGGCUGGGGGUCUGCAUCUCUAUACACCGCUUCCUUUUCGGCCAGGUCAAGGUGGUUUUGGAGAUCUCUUUCGAAUGCACUUUUUUCUUAACGCUGGCAAUCUCUGCAACCUUAAUUAUGGUGAAGGGCCAAAGGCUCACCUCCAAAAACUGGCCGAGUGCAUCCGGUGGUCUUACGGGGCUGGCAUAGUCCUGAGGCUUGGAAACAUCGCACGAUUAGAACUCAACUACUGUAUCCCGAUGGGAGUACAAAGUGGAGAUAGAAUAUGUGAUGGAGUUCAAUUUGGAGCGGGAAUAAGGUUCCUGUAAUGUUGGUGGCCUUUUGCAGUGUUGGUCCAAAAGGAGCAGCUGAAUUUCAAGUGUGAUGGGGUGAUAUCCCAUAUAUAUAUAUUUUUUGAAAUAUAAUUAUGUAUGAAGGAUUAACUUCCAUUAAAAACCCCAAAAAUAUUUUACGUAGUGUUUUACCUUUGAUUUGGUCAAAGAUAAUGUGACCUUUUCUAUGGCCUUCAGACCAAGGCUUUGAUCCCAUCACCCCAGUCAUGGAUACUGAAAUCUCGGCUUCCAGAGAAAAUACGAAGACUGUCUGGCAAAUUGUCCCUCAACAGAGUGAAAUCAGAGUGAAAGAAAAGAGAUCAUCCAGCUACUGCUACUUCUUGGUGACUUUUGCUAAGGAGAAGAUGCAGCAGCAGGCAGCUUCAAGUGCUUGGUUGGUCUUUCUUUUUGAAUAAAUGCAUGUGAGGAGGAAGAACACACUGUGCACGGAUUCAAAAAGCUGUCUUUGAGAUCAUUUCUUUUUUAAAAAAAAUAAACCUACAUCAAAAGGUAGCACCUUUUCCAUCUAAGACAUUUUAUUAUUAAAAAGGCAGAGAAUAAAAAAUGUCAUUACCAGG